AUGAAGCUGUAUAGCCUUAGCGUCCUGUACAAGGGCGAGCCCAGGGCGGUGCUGCUGAAGGCCGCGCACGAUGUGUCCUCCUUCAGCUUCUUCCAGAGGUCCAGUGUUCAGGAAUUCAUGACCUUUACAAGUCAGCUGAUUGUGGAGCGCUCAGUCAAAGGCAGCAGAGCUUCCGUCAAAGAACAAGAGUACCUAUGCCACGUCUACGUCCGAAACGACAGCCUCGCAGGUGUGCUCAUUGCCGACAGUGAAUAUCCUCCCCGGGUAGCUUUUGCUUUGUUAGAUAAGGUGCUGGAUGAAUUCUCCAAGCAGGUUAACAGGAUAGACUGGCCAGUGGGAUCCCCUGCUACAAUCCAGUACACUGCCUUGGAUGAUCACCUUCAGAAAUACCAGAACCCACGAGAAGCUGAUCCCAUAACCAAAGUGCAGGCUGAACUGGAUGAGACCAAAAUCAUUCUGCACAACACCAUGGAGUCCUUGUUGGAGCGAGGAGAGAAGCUCGACAAUUUGGUGUCCAAGUCAGAAGUGCUGGGGAUACAGUCUAAAGCCUUCUAUAAAACUGCCCGGAAACAAAACUCGUGCUGUGCGAUCAUGUGA